AUCUUACUUUGAAUUUACAAUAGAAAACGUCGUUCAUAUAAUACUGCGUGUUGUUUUUCUAUAGUUCUUUCUUGCCUCAUUAGCAAAAGCUAGGCAUCUAUCACGUAUUUACAUAUACAAAUAAAAUUAAAUUUUCGUACAUUUCUCAACAUCGCAUAAGAAUGGCGCGGUAUGCUCUGAUUCCAUAUAUGGUAUUCGUGUUAUAUUCAGCCACAUCCUUUGGAUGGACCGAUAAUGUCUACGACCUCAAAAAUAAUACGGCUUUUAUAUUCCCGUAUCAACUAAACGUUUCCAUCUAUUGCUCUGAUACAAGUGAAGUCGAGUGGAAAAUAGACUCUACUGAUCAAACCACAAAUUUUAUAGAGGAGGUCAGUCCAAAUGAAAAAAUUCUCAAAAUAAAGAAAAUCACACCCUACGAUACAGGCAUUUACAAAUGCGUGUCCAAGAAAAACUCCAAUCUGUUCAAAAGGCUCAUUUUUACUAUUCAUGGCCUACAAGUUGUUAAUGGGCAACGUUUGAGCGAGAUUCUUAAAAGACUGGUUGAUGGUAGUAAAAUUUCAGAUCAAAUAGGUGAUCGAUUAAACGCCGCAGGACUUCCCAAGUACAAGCCGCCUUCGUUGCCAUAUACUGGUCACAUAUCACUGGAAACGUCAACGUGAGGUAUAUAAGUGCUGUUCCCAAUGUGGAAUUUCACAGAAAUUUCCUGUAACACUCCUUCGGUACUUUUUGCACAAUUUAUUUAGAGGAAUUUUUUUAAUAUCAUUUCAAGUAAUAAUUUUUCAUCAAUUUUGUGAAAUUUCGAAAUAAACGUCUACAUUUACCUUA